GCGCUUUUAGUGUACGUUGGUGAUGCAAAAAGGGUUGACAUGGAAACAAAUGACGAUGGUCAGAAGGAAGGGCGUACCACUGCUUUAUCAAGACGUCAAAGGGAGCUUCAGAAUCAGCAUGGUGCUGGCUCUAGCAGAAAUGAAGAGAUGCAUGACCAAGCAGGAACUUCACGCAAAAGACCAUUAUCACCUGUUACAAAACCACACAGUAAACGAUAGUGACAGCGACAGUGAUGACAACAGUGUCACCACUUUCAGUUCGUCCGAGAGUUCAACCGGCAGCAGGACCAGCGAGUCUAUGCCGAGCCUUGCCACACCCAGCGAGGAUAGUGACAGCGACAGUGAUGACAACAGCAUCAUCACUAUCAGUUCGGACAGUGUCAUCACGAUCUCGGAUGACGAUGACAACUCAGAUGGCAUGUCCAUGUAAUUGAUUAUCAAGAUUUUUUAUUGAACAUUUAUGAAUAAAAACACAUAUGAGAGAAA